AGACGAGCUAUCGCCGCACACCAGCGUGACCAGAUUGUAAGGAGAGAGAUAUUUUCAGCCGAGGUGAGAUUUGAACCCCUGCCUCUCAUUCGUCAAAAUAUUUGCCAAGGGCAACGACGACGACGUUUUGAAUUUGGGCGUCACCGAGCUCACUAGCGGAUCUAACCCCGCAGCACAGACGCCUUCCCCUCAGCGCCCUGGUUGGAUGGAGUGCAGCGAGGUGGCGGUUUCGGCCCUCAGUGGGGCCUUCAUCCUGGGGGGGUUCGGGUACCUCCAGAGGCAGGCUAAGCAGCACACCCCCUACGGGCGCUACGCGACCCCCGCCGACCUCGCCCACACCGUUCCCGCCAGGCUGGGCUGGUUCCUCCAGGAACUCCCAUCCUUCCUGAUCCCGGCGCUCCUGAUCUGCACCUCCCACAGGCCCUCCGGACCGGGGCAGUGGCUUCUCGCCGGCACCUUCUGCCUCCACUACUUCCAGAGGACAUUCAUCUAUUCCCUGCUGACCAAAGGCCGUCCAUGCCCGCUGUACAUAGUCGUUUGUGCGGCCAUAUUCUGCUCUAUCAACGGCUUCUUCCAGGGACACUACCUGCUGCACUGUGCCCAGUACGACCAGGCCUGGCUGGCCGACAUCCGUCUGGCUGUCGGGUUGAUUCUGUUCUUUCUGGGAAUGGCCAUCAAUAUCAACAGCGAUCAUAUUCUGCGCAGUUUGAGAAAACCUGGUGAAAUCACCUACAAGAUUCCCAAAGGAGGCCUGUUUGAGUACGUCACCGGGGCCAACUUCUUUGGGGAGAUAUUGGAAUGGUGUGGCUACGCCAUUGCAACCUGGUCCCUGCCCGCCCUGUCCUUCGCCGUCUUCACCGCGUGCUCGAUCGGGCCGCGUGCCUACCAUCACCACAGGUUUUACCUGGAAAGGUUCCAGGAUUACCCCAGAUCUAGGAAAGCUUUGGUGCCGUUCAUCUUCUGAGAAAGGAGCAAUCAGCCGUGACGGACAACAUGACGAGGGUUUACUGCUGAAUACCUGUUGUUUAACCGUUUCUUGUUGACAUUGCUACUUAUUGCGCUUAUUCAAAGCUCGGAAAAGCCUUUCAUUUUGGGUUAGACCGAACAGAAAAACAGUUUGUGGAACAAACGUCCCUGCUUGUCAGACAUAACUUUUGUUGUUUUUGUAACAGUAACAAUACUAGUUUCCAUGUAUACAGGACAGACAUUGCUUUAGCUACAAUUAUAUAGCAUAUUAGACAAUGGCAGGAAAAGCCAUCAUCCAUCCAUUAUCAAGCCUACUUAUCCCUGGUCAAGGUUGCAGGGCGGUUUUGGGCUAUCCCAGAAUGCACAGGAGAUACAGGAAUAAACACACCGAUGCUAUUUCCCUUCCCUCAGUGACCGCUGGAAGGCAGCAGGUUCAGCUCAGCCAGCCGCAGAUUAUGUGAACAUGCUACUUCGUAGGCAUCUAUUCUUUAAUGGAUUUUUUUUGUUAUCAAAUCUAUCUAUGUGACUGAGCUAGCUAGUUUGCUAAUCUAAUUAGUUUUCUAGUUCCAAAAAGUUGCGUCACUGUGGGAAAGAAAAUAUCUUGGGUGGAAUACACCCUGGAUAGGCUGCCAAUGCAAACGUAUUUGUAAAAGCUACAGCGAGCAGUACAGUCAUUUAUUAAUAUUCUGAGGAGGAUUGCUUCCUUUAAUGCAAAGCCAGCUUGCCAGUGGAGCUAAAUUAAGACUUGCAUCCACUUUCAUUUAGAGAAUUAUUCUUUUCUGUCAAAUUUUACACUUAAAAUAUAAUUAAAAUAAAUAUACAUAUUUUCUCAGCAAAUUCCUCCAAUAGUUCAAAUUGUUCUCUCCAAAUUCCUCCUUCAUGAUGAUACUAUGCCAUCUCCUGAUAAGCAUUUAUAUCAAGAGAUGGCAUAGGCCUUAAAUACACUGACAUCAAAAUAUACGGAUUCUGAAAUCCAUGACGUCUCCAGGAAUAUCAGAUAUCAGUGAUACUUAAUUACAACACCCACAAAGCAAAACAGUUCAAACCUUGCCAAUUGGAACAAUGCAGUCCUUUUUUACAAUCAUUUUUUAAAAUCCCAAAAUGAAAUCAAUGCUACCAUCUAGUGGUGGAAUUUGAAUACUACACAAACAUUCUACAUGGAAUUAGGUGGGACCUUGAUGAAGAGCUCUCAACAAUUUUUUAUUUGUUAUAUAGCUGAUGCUUUUAUCCAAAGGGACUUACAGUUGAUUAGACUGACCAGGGGACAAUCCCCCCCCCUGGAGCAAUGCGGGGUUAAGGGCCUUGCUCAAGGGCCCAACCAUCACCAGAGUGGUCGAUCCAAGCAAGACAAAGACAACAAUGUCAAUAGAAAUCUUGGAACUGCAGCCAAUGCCCCAGCGAGCAAUAGCGAAUUACUGGUCAGCAGGAAGGGCUGCGCCUACAGACAGCUGCAUCUCUUCUUGGGAGUCAGCAGGGUGACCCGGUCCAUUAACAUCACUGCUGCUGUGGAGUCAACAACUUCUGAGCACAACAGAAUUUAACAUUUUGCUCGCGACAGCAUUCCUCUUGUAUUCCCACGUAUGCAUUUUACUGCGCUGUCAAUUUAGGGAGGGACGGAGACAAGCAGCGACAAACCACCAGCUUGAUUAAAGAUCCAAGUAAUCCCUAGAAGGCAACGGUGUUGAUUUGUGCAACGGACAAAUAUUUUUUUUCUGUGACCCGAGACAUUUUAAAUUUACCACACCAUAACCAGUGAGGGCCAAGCAGGUUAUAAAACGAACAUUUAUUGCACACAUUACACCACAAAAAGUGAUCGAUGUUAUUUACACAUGUCCACAGGCACAAAGAGAAGGUGGUUAAAACGAUCCCAUUUGCAUCAAAAGCAAGCCUCCGGAGUAUAAUUUAAAUCUCGGACUUGGGUUGCGAGUCUUCCGCGCUCCUCGGCUUCGUUUGCGUCUGCGAGUGGACGGAGCUCUUCAUGGCUUUCUGCAUGGCCCACGUACCAAUAUGGAUGCCUAGAAACGCACCUCCGGCCACCCACGGCCAAUUCUUCCGCAACCAGCCGGCGUUCCUCAUGUUUACGGUCCACUCGGAACCCGUCCUGCGAUGAAACAUAAGGGGAGAUCAUGUCUAAAUUUCAAAGCUUUGAAUCUUGUCGGAACAAAUUCACGGAACAAGGUGUUUCUAUCUCCGUUUUAUGACAAAUCAAUCACAAGUCUAAAUCAGAUUAAACCGUCAAACUGUCAGAGUUGAGCAAGCUGGUUCCUCCAAAACUCUCAAAGCUUCAUGCCAAAAAGUAUACCAAUAUGUAUGCAGCCUAUAAUCAAUGUAUAUCACAUGUAUGCUGCCUAUUUACUCAUAUAAUCAAUAUGUAAUCCAAUGAACCCAUGUCAUUUAUUUUUGAGCGUUUGAUGUAACAUGUCAAGUCAAUUAUUUUUGACAAGAAAACAUUGGUGCAGUUUGUAUGCCUGUACAAUGUGAUAAGAUAAUUGUAAUUAAUGUGAUAAUUACUUUUUUAAGAGCAAGCUGACAAAACAAACGUCAUGUUUAAAGAAAACAUUUUUUUAGAGAAUAGCAUACAAAGCGAAAUUAUAAUUUGGGCGAUUGCCACAAUGAUUCACAGAGAUCAGCUGGUAUUUUUUAGGAGGAGUUAUAUUGAAAGAAGUGUAUAAAAUGUGUGAAACCAACAAUCGAAGUUCAAUUCUGCAGAAUUGAUCCGGCUUCGUGCACUUGUGCUAAUAAAGUCUGAUUUUCCUGAA